AUGAUCAGCUAAAACACUGGAAAUGUGCCAGUAGUUCAAUCACAGUUUUUGGGGAAGGCCAUCACUGGCUUAGGCGGUGGUUGCUAGAAACUCUAUGUAAUUGAAGGAAACGAAUAAUAUCACUCAGGGGGUGAAGAAGAUAACAAAUCAGCAAUUGUAAUUACUAAUAGUGCCACUGGCCAUAAUAAAUAGCCUUUCCAUUCAUCACCAUUUGAAUAGCAAUAAAACUUCUAUCAGAUUUAGAAACCGCCGUUAACAAAUGUCGACUAGAGAAUUGAGGAAAGAGAAUCGCUCAGGCAUUCUACUCAUAGAUCAUAAAGAUCAGAGAGACUUGGUUCCCAUCAUGGAAAUAAUAUGUAACACACAGCAACUGAGAGAUUUGGAAAUACAGACUAUAAUAAUGAUCAUAUUGAAAGACCAAACUUCUAAGGCUAAACGAGAGGAGACUCGCAGUAGUAAAAUCAUAUUUACUAAGAUGGGGAGGAUGGAAAUCAUUAGUAGUAGGAUGAAGGAUAAUAUAUUGAGAUGCAACAUUAAAUAGAGCAGAAUCAAGAUGUUGGAGAGGCAGAUGAGGAGCCUUCUAAGAUGUUUACUUUCGAUGAGCAUAACUAGCAGCAAAUGGUAGAAGAGAGGUAAAGUCAAAGAUCUGGAGGACAGGCUCAAUAAAAAUAGUUUUAAGGAGCUCCUUCAAGAACCCAGUAACAAUAGCAACAAUAGAUUGAGGGUGGUACAAGUGGAAGCAUGGGUCACUUAUUGAGUGUUGCAAGUGGAAGAAAUCACUCACUACAUUUAACUAGAGAUGGCGAUGUCUUUAGUUAUGGAUCAGGGUAAUACAGUGCUGUAGGACAUGGUGGAUCAAGAGGUUAAUUACAUCCCACUGUAUUAAAGCCUCUGAGAGACAAAAGAAUAGUUCAAAUAGCUUGUGGAGAGCAUCACUCUUUAGUUUUGACUGAUAAAUAAGAUAUAUUUGCCUGGGGUAGAGGAUUUGAAGGCCAAUUAGGUUUAUCUAAGAGUAUAGAGAUUGCUUCAACACCUCAAUAUGUCAAAUCUUUCUAUGGGAAACCAGUUAUUUAUAUAGUAGCUGGUGCAUUUUAUUCCCUUGCAAUCACUAAAGAUGGAAGUAUCUGGGGCUGGGGAGAGGCCAAAUUAGGAUAAAUAGGUUGUGGAAAGCAAAGAGAUGUAAGACUUCCUACAAAGAUAAACUUUGAUCAUGAACAAGGUAGAAACUUUGUUUAAUGUUCAGCUGGUUAUGGUCAUUCAGCAGCUUUAAACGAUUAAGGCAUGGUAUUUACUUGGGGAUUCAAUAAUUAUGGACAACUAGGAUAAUACCACAAUAUGACCUCUUGGAAUCCCAGGAUUGUAGACUAGUAUUAAAGAAAUAUCUAUGAUGAACCAAGCUAAAUGCCUCCAAUUUAAAAAGUAAAAUGCAGUUAUUUUGCAACUUUCUUGAUUGACAUUAAUGGAAGACCAUACUCAACUGGUAAAGCUCCAAUCGGUCUUGACAACUCAGAUAAUUAAAACAACUUCAUCCUAAUUAACGAGAAUAUUGAUAGAAGAAUUUUCACCGAUGUCUAUACCAAUGAAAAUUCAGUUGUGCUUUAUGCACCUAUCCGAGUCUAUGAUGUCCAACCUAAAUGUGGGCCAGCUUCUGGAAAUACUCAAGUUCAAAUAUUUGGAACUGGUUUUGUCAAUUCAGAUAAACUAAAGGUCAGAUAUUCAUAUGGAGAUUUAAGUCAGGAAGUAACAUGUCUCUAUGAUAACAAUUAAAGAUGCUUGAUUGCUAAAACUCCAAAAUUUGAGGAAUUUGAAGGUGAAAAGCAUCCAUCAUUAAAAUUCCCUUGCAAUUGCAUUAUCUCAGUUACAAUGGAUGGCAUCCACUAUUCUGAAUGUGAAGAAGUUUUCAAGAUCUACUCCAACGAUAUUUAUCUAACUUCUAUUAACCCAAAGUGCGGAUCGGUAGUUGGAGGAACCACUCUUACUCUAUUAAUUAACAUCGAUGAGGUCACUGCUGCUAAUCUAUACAAUUUAACUAUAGGAUUCUAGCCUAAGAAAAAUUCAGUUUCAAGUCUGCAUUAAAUCAAGAAAUUAGAUAAAGGAGGAAAUUAGACAAAUGCAAAAUCUCAUCAAUCACUUAAUGAAUCGAAUAAAUCAUCUGCUGCUGUAUUGACUAGAUCUGCUCUAUAGAAUUAUUAAGAUUAAAUACAGAAUGCUCCAAAUGACACUCUCAACGGCGAAGAUGAUAAUACUACUACAUCACCAGGAUGGACUUGUACAUAUGCCAAUUACGAAAAUGGAACGAUAACAUGCACUGUUCCAAACUUAUCUAAUUAUGAUUAAGAAAGCCUCUAAUUCAAUGUAGAUGUUGCCUUGAAUGGUUAAUAAUUCACUGGCAAGCCUCUACAGUUCAGAUACUAUGAUAUUCAUAUUGAGAGAAUUGAACCAGGCAUAGGCCCUUCUGAAGGAGGAACUAUUAUUAAUAUAAUGGGUGCAGGACUUUAUGAUUCAGCAUCAAAGAGGGUGAAAUUCUAAAUUAAUGAAUAUGAAAGAGUUGUUACAGCUUAAUGGGAAAGAAAAUUAAAGUGCCUCUAAUGCAUUGUUCCACCUUUGACUUGGCUAUUUGGAGGAGUUGAAUUGACAGAGGAGCAACUUGAGAAAAUUAAGUAAACACCUAUCAGAGUAUGCUUGACUUUCAAUAACUAAGAAUGGAUUGAAGCAAAAGAAUUCAAGUAUCAUGAUUGCAAAGUUGAAAGAAUAGCAUAUGUUACGGGAUUCGGUUAAGAAAUAGCAGAUCCUAUUGAGAGAGAAAAACUCUGGAGAGCUGAAGAGCCGUAAGAAAAAUAUCCAGAUGAAAUGCCAGCCGAGGAAAUCAAGAAAAGAGAAGAUGAAAAGAAUAAAAAGGCUUAAGAAGAAACAGAGGAAUCAUAAACAGUACCUAAAAGAAAGGGAAUUAAGAUCUUCGCUUUCGGGCAUAACUUCAAUCUAAGAGUAAAAUUCUCACAUGUUGGUACUGGUGUGUCCAAAGAAGUUUAGGCAUUUUUCAAGAAUUCAAAGAAGGUUGGAUGUGAAAUUCCAGAUUUAGGAGCAGAGGUACCCAUUGGGCAACAUCUUAUAAUUGUUGAAGUUUCCCUUAAUGGCCAAUAGUACACCUCAUCCGGGAUAUAAUUCCUAUAUAAUUCCGUUGAUCCUAAUUUAUCAGAGGAAGAGCUUAAAAAAUUAGAUGAAAUGGAGGAAAAAAAUUCAAAGAAGCCAGCUCCUAAGAAGAAAUGA